AUGUUCAAAGACUUCACCUUUUCGCCGCGACCCCGCGUCGCCUUCGACGGCGAUGAUCGCCUCAUGGUUGACAGCGACAGUUCGCUGGUCUCUCCUCUAUCAUCGCGCUGUCCAUCGCCCGGUCCUUUUACCUCGCAGCCACAGGGCCAGCGAUUCCCCCGAUCAGUGCGACCAUCUCUACUUCGUUCCCGACAGCCCUCUCUUCCUCCGACCUCGGUCCCCGCCGACCACCAGCACGGCGGACUAUCCAUCGAAACCCUCACCAAGAAACUCCACGAACAUACCCUCCAACAGCAGCAGCAGCAGCAGCAACAACCACAGCCUGAUACCAGGAAUAAUGCGCAAGAAGAAUGUAUCUCACCACACUCCCUUCCCGAACUCGUCCCCGGCUCCGGACUCCCGGGAUACUUCCUCACGCCCCCAGACACAGACGUCGAUCACGACGAUGACUCUUCGCUCCAUGGUGACGGCGAUAACGAGUCAACGCUUACCUCGCCAACCGUCUCGCAUAUUCAAACACCCUUUUUGAGUCCUACGUCCGUACCACCGGAGUUCCUGCACACAGACAGCAAUAACACCCACGAGGCGAUCAACGUCCGCGCGCAGAGGCAGCAGAUCUCGCAGAUCCAGUGCAGCGCGGCUGAUGUCGAGGCGAUUCGUCGGGCGCUGCUCUGCUGCGCGGAGGAGGACAGUCCCAUGGACACCUUUGGUGAAUACGAUUGCCACCCAAGUUCGUUGCCGCCACGGCGUUCUCCCCGUCGGCAAAGGGCUGUUACAAUGAAUCGGAGUCGUUCGAGGGCUGUUUCUGGAUCUGGUGGUGGAGUCUCUGGCUCAGGAGCAGGGGAUUCAUCAGAGGGGUAUCGAGGACGACGGAAGAGUAGCUCUGGAGCUCUCUUGCCAUCGUUCUCAUCGCGAAUUGACAAGAGUCACUAUCCGCCGUCGUCGAGCCGGGAGAUGCGCAAGAAGAGUGAGCAGGGGCUUAGGAGGAAGAGUUUGGUUAGUGCUGCGUUGGCAUCGAUGGUGGAGAAUUGUCUUUAA